GGCAAAAUUCCCAAAGCAACGGCGAUGAGUCUGCGUCUGCUCAUGUGUCUCCACGACCUGUCGCAAUACCCUUCAUAUGACUGUCGGCCAUGUUGUACGGUCGCAGUCUCUGCUACGACGCAGUCUAUCCCUCAUAACGCCCUUUCGCUCCUUCCGCGGCUCUUCACCCAAAAUGGCCUCCCCAUCGGCUGCCGACAAUUCUACUCUGAACUUCCCUCACGUUCCCAUCCCGAAGAAUGGCGUCGACUACAGAGGCAAAGUCGUGCUCGCUCCUAUGGUUCGUUCUGGAGAAUUACCUUCGCGCCUACUGGCCUUGAAAUAUGGUGCAGAUCUUGUAUGGGGACCGGAAACAGUUGACAGAUCUAUGAUUGGGACGACUCGAUACACAAAUCCUCGAACGGGCUGCAUAGAAUGGAGUCGCAACUCAAAUAACCAAAACCCGGAUGCGCCGGCAAAAGAGUCGAUCAUAUAUCGAAUCGAUCCAAAGCGCGAGUCGGACAAAUUGAUAUAUCAGAUCGGCACUGCUAGCCCUGAAUUUGCAGUGGACGCUGCAAAACUUGUUGCUCCUUAUGUAUGUGGAAUCGACGUCAACGCAGGCUGUCCAAAGCCGUUUUCUACUUCAGGAGGUAUGGGUGCGGCUCUGCUGCGAACACCGGACAAGCUGUGUGAUAUCUUGACUUCUCUUGUGACCAACGUGGGGAUCCCACAUGAGAUUGGCAUCAGCGUCAAGAUCAGACUACUCGAAACGCCCGAGAUGACUUCUGCACUGGUCAACAGACUCUGCAAGACUGGCAUCACUGGUUUGACCAUUCAUUGCAGAACAACACCCAUGCGGCCUAGAGAACGUGCUAUUCGUGAGCAACUGCAAAUGAUCGGCGAAAUCUGCAGAAGCCAUGGUGUCGCUUGCCUAAUGAACGGCGAUGUCACAUCCCGCGACGAAGGCCUGGCUCUUGCCAGAGGAUACGGAGUUGAUGGAGCAAUGAUUGCUACAGCCGCUGAAGCCAACUCCUCAGUCUUCCGACCAAAAGAUCAGGGUGGUCUAGCUCCGUGGCAAGAAGUGGUUAAGGAAUACCUGAAGCUAGCGAUCAGCGUGGAGAACAGGUACACCAAUACGAAGUUUCUGCUGUCUCAGCUCAUGCCAGGAAAGAAUCCAAACUAUCAGCGCAUUCAGAUGUCCAAAAGCUACAGCGAGGCACUUUCUAUUCUGGAGAUGACCGACUCCGAGAUUGUGGAACAGGCAAAAGAGGUCGACCACGUUUUGAAGCUUGAUGUGCAAAGAACCACCAAGGCGGACAUGAGGCGACAGAAUAAGCAGCAAAUGAAAGAGGGCCAAGCCAAAAAACAGGAGAAGAAGAGAGCUUUGGAACAGAAGCACGACCGGAACGAGCGCGACCAACAUCCUGGCCCAGAGCGGACGAAAAAGCAGAAAGCAGAAAUAGCUGCGGAAAAUGCUGGCUUUGACGGUGUCGGGCAAGGUGCCAUGGCGAUUGCUGUGUGACACGUAAUCCAGAGGACGUUGACUUCUUCUACCAAGUCUACCCCUCCAAACGGAUUUCCCACCCCUCCUGUUGCUACGAUGGUCCCCAGUGGCAUCAACAGUUGCUCUCUCGCACUGUUUAUCCGCCAGUCGACGCCGCGCAGAUUGAUGGUCGUCCUCGAGAGUACGGCGCCGAGUUUCGCCUUCACAUCGCAUGAGCUUGGAGCUUGCGAACGAGAUCUGUGAGGGUUAGAAGCAGCACUGGGAUGCACUAAGAAGCUAGGCGAGUAGUCCUGCUAGGACUCGGGGAAAGUGAGCUUUCAAGUUGUACAACUGAUCUUGCACGAAGCGUGCACCCUGACAUUUGUACAAUGAGCAUCGAAUGGGAACUCCUCGUAGUAGUACGUCUCCGACGCCAUCCCCGCUCGACGAAUAGCUCCAAUAUGCAUACAUGUUGUACAGACAAGGCCAGGAUGUAUCUCAGCGAUUUAUUCGCUCAGUCGCCUUUCCCUCCUAUCCAAGACCCGAGACAUCGUCUCGAAACUAAUGUCCGGAGACAAUGCUUCGGAGACGUUACCUGUCUUCGACUAUUGAGCGUUGCCGCAGUGUUUUCUCGAGGCCAGUUAAACCAGCACCCUCACAAAUGGGUCCUGAAGAUGGCAUGCGGCGUAGCAAAGCAUUUCUGCUAGACUCGUGAGGAAUCAUGGUCUCUCAUGCUGAUCAACCAGACAGCUCUGCUUUCCGAUCCGAUGCCCUAGCAUGCCUGUUCACUU